AUGACUCUUUAUUAUUCACUCAUACUCUAUGGUAUGAGUGAUCUUUCUUUUUUCUCUGCAGGUCAUCUAAAAGCAACCUAUAUGAUGAAGUCCAUGAAACUAUUAAAUCAAUCUCAAGUGUCAGAGUUCAUUUUGCUGGGACUGACCAGCUCCCAGAGUAUAGAGUUUCUUCUCUUUGCCCUCUUCUCAGUCAUCUACGUGGUCACAGUUUUGGGUAACCUUCUUAUUAUACUCACAGUGUUUUAUACCCCUAACCUGAAUAUUCCCAUGUAUUUUCUCCUUGGGAAUCUCUCCUUUGUAGAUAUGACCCUUGCUUCCUUUGCCACCCCUAAGAUGAUUCUGAACUUUGUAAAAAAGCAGAAGAUGAUUUCUUUGGCUGGGUGCUUCACUCAGAUAUUUCUCCUUCACUUACUGGGUGGUGUUGAAAUGGUACUGUUGGUCUCCAUGGCUUUUGACAGAUAUGUGGCCAUUUGUAAGCCCCUACACUACAUGACCAUCAUGAACAAGAAGGUAUGUGUUUUGCUUGUAGUGACCUCAUGGCUUCUGGGUCUCCUUCACUCAGGGCUUCAGAUACCAUUUGUUGUAAGCUUGCCUUUUUGUGGUCCAAAUGUGGUAGAUAGCAUUUUUUGUGACCUCCCUUUGGUUACUAAGCUUGCCUGUAUAGACACAUACAUUGUACAAAUAGUCAUCGUUGCCAACAGUGGCAUAAUCUCCCUGAGCUGUUUUAUUAUUUUGCUUAUCUCCUAUAGUCUGAUCCUCAUAACCAUUAAGAAUCACUCUCCUACUGGGCAAUCUAAAGCGCGUUCCACUUUGACUGCUCACAUCACAGUGGUAAUUCUCUUCUUUGGCCCAUGCAUCUUCAUCUAUAUCUGGCCCUUCAGCAACCACUCUGUCGAUAAGUUCCUUGCUGUAUUUUACACCAUCAUCACUCCUAUCUUGAAUCCAAUUAUCUAUACUCUGAGAAACAAAGAAAUGAAAAUAUCCAUGAAAAAACUCUGGAGAGCUUUUGUGAAUUCUAGAGAAGAUACUUAG